UAAAUUUAUAACAAAACAAGUGAUUUGUUUCCGCUUCUCAAAGCCCCUUUCACCAAGGGACCACUCUGUGGUUGCUGGGCUCUUGGGCUAGAGUUCAUGAAGAGGAUUGUGAGGAAGUCCGAGCUGUGUCUGGGUGGGGGAUGGGACAAACCUGUAACAAAGAGCACCACCCUCAGGCAGGCUUCGUAUGUCAUAGAGAUCUCAGUUAUCUUGGCCAGCAGAGCCCCUCAGGAGCUCUCUGCAGUCAUGGGGCCUUCUCAGCUUGUUCGAGCCCCUAGGCCUCGGGGCAUGAGCUCUCCCUACCGAAGGCCAGGUAUGGGUGGACCCAGGCGCCGGUGUCCCAAGAUGUUCAAGUGUAGCCGAAGGACAUACCGGCAGAAACCCCGAGGCCCAACUGCCACUGAUCCGUCUUCUGUGGCCACAAACAUCAGUGACACGGACACUACCACCAGUGUGUGGAUCCUCUCACCUCAAGAGGAAAUCUUCACACCGAGAUAGAGCAAGCAGUGAAUUCUUCCUACUGUUUUUUUUUUUUUUUUUAAUAAAAAUGUAAGAAGACAGCAUGCACGAUGGUUUAUAAUCCCAGCACUUUGAAGACGGAGACAGGAGGAUUGCCAGAAAUUUGAAGUCAGUGAGCCUCAAGUCAUCCUGGGCUACAGAAUGGGACCUUGCCUUGAAACAAAAUGAAAAACAAGGACUGGAGAGACUGCAUAGUGGUUAAGAGCAUCUGUUUUUGCACAAGACCAGAGUUUGACUCCCAACACCCACAUGGUGGUUCAGAACCAACCAUCACUAGAGGGGAUCUAUCGACAGGGCCUACACAUAAACACACACACACACACACACACACA